AUGUUUUCAUAUUUACCACCUAAAGUCAAGCAUUUUUUAAAUUGGGAAUUGCCUCAGUAUGUUGGAACCUAAUAUGAUGGAACAGAAACCUUCAAUCCUUUCUCCAGUCCAUUCAAUAGGAUCAUCAAUGCAGCAUGGCAUACCAAUCCAGAUUCCACUCAUCAUCACACCACAGAUUAUCGAUUAAUCAAAGCAAUUUGCGACAACGAUAUCAAUGAGGCUAAAUUGGCUAUUGAUCAAAAUCCAAAUGCUUUGGAAUCCACAAAAUAUGAAUUCACACCUCUCUCUUUAGCUGCUUCCCUAAAUCGCACAGCCAUUAUAGAUUACCUAUUAUUGAGAGGAGCACCAAUUGAUGAAAUCGAUAAUCAAGGCCGCACUCCUCUCAUUUAAGCAGUCAUCAAUUGGCAAAUUGAAGCCAUUAAAACUCUUACUGAAAGAGGGGCUCAGAUUGAUAAAAAAGGGAAAUACGGUUACAAUGCCAUAGAUUUAGCAUAAUUGAGAGGAUACGAAUAGAUAACCAAAUUCUUGAUCUCGCAGAAUAAUAGACGACUCUAAUUUACGUAUCCCAAAUUCGAUGUGACUCUCAACAUUGAGAAGGAGAUUGAACAAUAUAAGGAGAUUACUAAAGACUUUGAAAGUGUAGUGUUUCAACCGAAGAAAUUGCCAUUCAAUAAUUAUCAGGGAUUAUAUUAAAUUAAUUUAUUAUGA